AUGGCCAAACCCAGCGCUCUAUUCGUCUGCAUCCACAAUGCCGGCCGCUCCCAAAUGGCCGCCGCAUUCCUGAGCCAUCUCGCCGGCGACGCCAUCGAAGUCCGCUCCGCCGGCUCGGCUCCCGCAAACACCAUCAACCCCAUGGUCGUCGAAGCCAUGCGCGAGGAAGGCAUCGACAUCACCGACCAGAAACCCAAGAUUCUGACGACCGAAUCUGUUGAAGCUAAUGACGUGGUCAUCACCAUGGGCUGUGGUGAUGUUUGUCCCUUUUUCCCGGGAAAGCGGUAUCUCGAUUGGAAACUUGAUGAUCCUGCUGGGCAGGGAGUUGAGGCUAUUAGGCCGAUUAGGGAUGAGAUUCGGCGCAGGGUGGAGGGUUUGAUUGGCGAGAUGUUGAAGUGA